GUGGGAAAUAGCAGCACCAUCAUCUGGAAUACAUUUUAUCCCUCUGGCGAAAAAAAAUAUAGCUAACAAAAACACAAAGAAACCUCGACUUUCAUACCUCUCAAAAUGUCUAAACUGGCGUUGUUCAAUGUGUAUAUUACUGAACGGCUAACAGCGGCGGCUGUAGAGAUAGCUGGAGUAGUAGAGAGAACAGUAAAUGAAUACCAGGAGGAAAUCUCUCGUUCAAAGGAGGAGAACGAAAGUCUUCGACGUCUGCUGGAUUUCAAACCGCACAGAACAGACCCCCAGCAGCUUACGCUCCCAGUCUCUGAAGAGGAGGUUCCCCCUGAGCAGCAGCACUGUGAGCAGAAGUGGAGCCCCAGUCUGGAGAAGGACCCAGAGCCCACACAGAUUAAAGAUGAACAGGAGGAAAUCAGGACCAAUCAGGAGGAAAAGCAGCUUGAAGGGCUGGAGUCUGAUACCAAAGACUCCAUAUUCACCGUCUGUGAGGAAAGUGACUGUGAUCCAAUGGAUUUCUCGAGCCAAACUUCCGAGAGCAGAGAGAGGGAUGUAUUAUGCGUCCGCAUUCCUCAAGAGAUCAAAGCCGAGCCUGAUGGAGAGCUCUACACAGUAUCAGAAGCAACCAGUGCCUCACACUCCCUCUCAGAAGGAUAUCCAGGCUGUUCUGCAGCACAGAGUGAAAACAGUGGAAGUGACAAUGAAGUGGAGAGCGGGGGACUACCGUCGGGAUCAAAGGCACUGAAAUCACCCAGAAAACAAGCAAAGAAAAGACUAAGCUCCCAUACCUCUGCUGGAAGCGGGGCGACCACAAAUGCUGCUCCUCCUUAUUGUUGCAAGUUGUGUGGAAGUACAUUUGUGUACAUUGGUCCUUUAGUUAAUCAUGUGAAAAAUGUGCACACAAAGCUUACCGCAGAAUACCGUUGUGGUGUAUGUGAAGAAGUCUUUGAGUCCAUAGCAAGUCUGACAGAGCACCUGCAAACCCACAUUAAAGCAACACGCACUUGUAAUGUUUGUGGCAAAUGCUUCCCUAGUGAUUCUAGUAUGAGAACACACAUGGUAACUCACACAGGAGAGAAACAGUAUCAAUGCAAAGAAUGUGGAAAAUGUUUCAAAAAUAAAGGCUAUAUGCACUUGCAUAUGAGGCGUCACACGGGGGAGACACCAUUUUGGUGCAAAGAUUGUGGCGAAAGUUUCACUUGUAAGGGAUACUUGAAAACACAUAUGAAGUUCCACACAAAUGAGGAACCACAGCCCACACUGAUUAAAGAUAAACAACAGGAACUUGGGACCAGACGGGAGGAAGAGCAGCUUGAAGAACUGGAGACUGAUACCAAAGACUCCAUAUUCACCGUCUGUGAGGAAAGUGACUGUGAUCCAAUGGAUUUCUCGAGCCAAACUUCCAAGAGCAGAGAGGGGGAUGUAUUAUGCGUCCGCAUUCCUCAAGAGAUCAAAACCGAGCCUGAUGGAGAGCUCUACACAGUAUCAGAAGCAACCAGUGCCUCAUACGCCCUCUCAGAAGGAUAUCCAGGCUGUUCUGCAGCUCACAGUGAAAACAGUGGAAGUGGCAAUGAGGUGGAGAUCGGGGGACUACCGUCAGGAUCAAAGGCACUGAAAUCACCCAGAAAAUGGGCAAGCACCCAUAACCGUGCUAGAGGCAAGGUGACCACAAAUGCUUCUCCUUAUUGUUGCAAGCUGUGUGGAAGUACAUUUGUGUACAUUGGUCCUUUAGUUAACCAUGUGAAAAAUGUGCACACAAAGCAUACGAAAAUGUGUGGAGUGUGUGAGGAGGUAUUCGAGUCCAUAGCAAGUCUGACAGAGCACCUCCAAUCCCACAUUAAAGCAACACGCACUUGUAAUGUUUGUGGCAAAUGCUUCCCUAGUGAUGCAAAUCUGAGAACACACAUGGUGUCUCACACAGGAGAGAAACAAUAUCAAUGUAAGGAAUGUGGGAAAAGUUUCAAAACUAAGGCAUAUAUGAAAUUGCAUAUGAGACUUCACACGGGGGAGAAACCAUUUCAGUGCAAAGAAUGUGGAGAAAGUUUCACUUGUAAUGGAUACUUGAGAGCACAUAUGAAGUUCCACACAGGGGAGAAAUCAUAUCGGUGUAAGGACUGUGGGCAAGACUUCGACCAGAAGGAACAACUGGAAACUCACAUGUGGACUCACCAAGGUCAGAAACCACAUGGUUGCAAACAGUGUCCGAAAAGCUUCAAGCGCAAGGAAGAACUGACCAGACACACAGCGGUUCACACAGGAGAGAGACCUUUCAAGUGCACUGUGUGUGGACAUUGCUUUGCCACCCCAGGCAACCUGACACAACACCUGACCACUCACUCUGGAGUGAAACCGUAUCACUGCAAACUGUGCAGCAGAUGCUUUAGAAACAAUCCACUACUUAAAAGUCACCUGAGGAAUCGUCACAAAUGUUAUGACAGUGCCAUAUUGUCAGAAGAUGACUUAAGUUCCUUCAUAUGAUGUGGGAGUGCCAUGUAGUUAAAUGCUUCUAGGACAAAGUUACAAAAUUUAUGUUGGCUCUUACAUGAAUGUCACCUCACUGUCUCCCAUUUAACCAGUAGAUACAGAUACUAUUAGAAGUUUUAACAUCAGAAUUAUCGACGGCGAGAAUGAAUGGUGCUAGUCAAGGAACAACUGAGACCUGGACAAAUAUACUUGACUCUGUAAAGAAUAAUCUCAGCUAAAGCCCAACACAUGCAUGCAUACAUACAAACUAUAAGGCCCAAGACAUACAAACAAACUAUAAGGCCCAAUACAUACAUACAAACUAUAAGGCCCAAUACAUACAUACAAACUAUAAGGCCCAAUACAUACAUACAAACUAUAAGGCCCAAUACAUACAAACAAACUAUAAGGCCCAAUACAUAAAAACAAACUAUAAGGCCCAAUACAUACAAACAAACUAUAAGGCCCAAGACAUACAAACAAACUAUAAGGCCCAAGACAUACAAACAAACUAUAAGGCCCAAGACAUACAAACAAACUAUAAGGCCCAAUACAUACAAACAAACUAUAACGCCCAAGACAUACAAACAAACUAUAACGCCCAAUACAUACAAACAAACUAUAAUCCCCAAGACAUACAAACAAACUAUAAUCCCCAAGACAUACAUACAUACAUACAUACAAACUAUAAGCCCCGAUACAUGCAUGCAUACAAACUAUAAGCCCCGAUACAUACAUGCAUACAAACUAUAAGCCCCGAUACAUACAUACAUACAUACAUACAUACAUACAUACAUACAAACAAACUAUAAGCCCCAAUACAUACAUACAUACAUACAUACUAUAAGGCCCAACACCAUACAUACAAACUAUAAGCCCCAAUACAUACAUACAUACAAACUAUAAGCCCCAAUACAUACAUACAUACAUACAUACUAUAAGGCCCAACACCAUACAUACACCAGUGUUCCUCUUUUUUACUUUUGUUUUAGGCCCACGGGGAAGGGGUUGUAUGGUGAGGGUUUUCUCUGGUCACCGGGGAGGUGGAUAACAUGAGGUGCGUUCAGUUCGCUUUAACGUUUGCUACAUUGUGAAACAGUUUGUACUGAACAGACUUUGAGGUACAUUUGAUCCCGUUUUGUGGGUGUGGCUUGAAGCAAUGAGUGACAUAUUUAAAGGGCAGCGGCCAUGCUGACAGCGUUCCCCAACACACAACCCAACCCCUCCCAGUUUUUCAACUGGUUGUUCAGUACAGCACCGUUUCCUUUCUAUUGAAUGUAAAAACGUACCGAACGCAGACCUGGUUUCAGGGUGGGUCGGGUGGCACACUAGUUUUUUGUUUUCUUUUCCUGUACAUACUGAAUUGAUUAUUACUUAAACUCUGAAAUAUACUUUGUUGUUAUGUACCUUUUUUGUCGUUUUUUAUUUAAACAUUUUUUUGUGGCAGCCCACAGGUAAAACAAGAAUAUGUGUGAAAUAAUUAAUGGAUAAUGAUUUAAAUAUUGUACCUGUAAUCCCCCCCCCAAUGAAAAAAUGAUAUCAAAAAUAGACAUGUUGUCUUUUGAUUGGUGGUGCUUUAGAACGUACAGUAGAAUGGAUAAAACAAUAUAGUAUCUGCUCUCAAUCUCUCCUCUGUCAGGCUGUCUUCUUCCAGAGUUAUUACAUUUACAUUUGAGCAGAUGUAAAUGUUAUGUUAUGAAUGCUGAUCUGCUUUUUACUAUUAAAUAAAGGCCUUCUUUAUAAA